AUGGUCCUGUCCUCAGGGUACCGGGGCAGGCGGGAUGCUCCCAUCCCGGUGGCAGGAUACCCUGCAGACUGGAGCCCCAGCAACGUGCAGAAGUGGAUCCUGUGGACAGAGCCCCAGUCCCGGCUGCCGCAGAUCGGGAAGUCCUUCCAGGAGCUGUCGGGAAAAGACCUGUGUGCCAUGUCCGAGGAGCAGUUCUGCCAGCUCUCGCCGGCCUGCGGCGACAUCCUGCACGCCCACCUCGACAUCUGGAAGUCUGCUGCCUGGAUGAAGGAAAAAGCCACCCCAGGAGAUGUGAGAUACUGCGGAGGUGAUGCCAGCUGGGCGGACAGCGAGGUGGACUCGUCCUGCGCCGGCCAACCCAUCCACCUCUGGCAGUUCCUCAAAGAGCUGCUGCUGAAACCUCACAACUACGGCCGCUUCAUCCGCUGGCUCACCAAGGAGGAAGGCAUCUUCAAGAUCGAGGACUCGGCGCAAGUGGCCCGUCUGUGGGGCAUCCGGAAGAACCGCCCGGCCAUGAACUACGACAAGCUGAGCCGCUCCAUCCGGCAGUAUUACAAGAAAGGCAUCAUCCGGAAACCCGACAUCUCCCAGCGCCUCGUCUACCAGUUCGUCCACCCGGUCUGA